AGACGGCUCAGGUUGACUGCAGCUGAGCUCAGUGAAGAUGUCCGAGUUAGAACCAGAUUUAGGAGAUGGUGUCUCAUUUGCUGCCAGCCCAGCUGAGACAGAAGUCCAAGAAAACUUAAAGCGAGAACAAAGACGUUGUGAGAUCAUCAAAGAACUUAUUGAAGCAGAGAAGACAUAUCUGAAUCAUCUGGAUAUUAUUCACAAAUUUUUCUACUUCCCCUUGCAGUUCAACUGGAUUAUUCCAGGAGAUACCCAUUCACACUUGUUUAGCAAUAUUGAGGAAAUCAAUAAAGUCAACCGCACCUUGCUGGAAGUGAUGGAGCAAAGCACAGUGGGUCAGGCUUUCCGUCACCUGGGCCCAUUCCUCAAAGUGUAUGCAACAUACGUCAACAACCACGAGCAGGCUUUAGCUGUGCUACAGGAAUGGAGACAGAAAAAGCCAGAGUUUGCAGACUUCAUUACAAAACAAGAAUCCCGACCUGAAUUAAUGAAGCUGUCGAUAAAGGAUUUGCUAAUCAUGCCUGUGCAACAAAUUCCCAGAUACAGACUUCUUCUCGAGGACCUUCUGGAACAUACUCACAAAAACCACCCUGACUAUCUACAACUGAAAGAGGCCACAAUACAAAUGGAAAAAAUUGUCAAGCACAUGAAUGAAUCCAUGCGACAGAAAGAGAAUUCUCAAAAGAUGUUGGCCAUACAGAAGUGUUUUGACAGCUCUGCUCCUCAGAUACUGCAGCCUGGACGCUUGUUUCUGAAAGAAGGGCCACUGAAAAAGGUUUCCCGCAAAGGAGGAAAUUCCCGCGAAAGAAUGUUUUACCUUUUCAAUGACAUGUUGUUAUAUGGAAAGCCUAGACUGCUGGACAGUGGUGGCAACAGAUACAUCUGUUGUUGUGUCCUUCCAAUUAAACACUGUUGCCUUGACAGUUGUGGAAGUGUGUUCAAGAUUACCUGUAAGGAAGAAAGAUUGGUGCUAUUUUCAGAAGAAAUUGGUGUGGCACAGUCUUGGAGUGAUGCCAUAGAAAUGGCCAUCCGAAAAGCCAAAAGGGACUUCCUGACAUUAAAAAAGACCCAGCAGUCGCAGGAUACCUCUACGGGUACGUUUAUUACGCACACAUCAAAAGAGUUGGGAUCUGGAGGUUUAGUGUUUUUAUUUAUUUCGUUUUGUACAAUUUAAGUUGUGUCUACAUAUGUGCUAAAGAUCUUCCAUUACAACUUUUUACAAAGUUUUCAGUCAUCUUGACUUCCUAUAUUUGUCCCUGUUUGCAAAGUGUACAAAAUGUUUACCUUUUGACAACUUUAAAUAUUACCAUCACAAUAAGUAAUGAUAUUUUCUGUUCCUUGCUAUUCCUGCCUAAUGUUUCUGGGUUUUUUUUAAUAAUUGCUUUGACUCAUUGCAUGAAACUAGAUGACAUCUGAAAACCAUUGGAUGCCGGGUGAGCAAGACGAGAGUGACGACUACUGUUCACCAGACUGCUACUGCUUGCAUUUCAUUCAAGCUCGUCUCCAAAACAUUUACAGAAGUUUGAAUAAUCAGUAAUUUAAAACUCAAACAUUCAAGUUAGAAGUAGAAGGAUAGAAAAACUCCAGUUUAAGCAUUAAUUAACACUUCAAAUCACUGUGGUGACCUCACAUCAACUUACUUCCAUUUGGCAAUGAUUAUUAUGCAGAUACCCUGCUGAAAAUAAUUAGUUUGAACAUAAUUUUCAUAGUUAUAGUGAACAUUUUAAUAGCAUUUUUCCAGUGAUUCACUCGGAGCACUUUACAAAAGUGAUACUCAGACCAAGAUCCAUGUAAAUGGAAUCACUGACAACCAUGCACCCAUAUUCGCAUGUAACAGAUAUGCUCACUUCUACAACAGACACACCUAGAAGGUAAAUACAGACACACGUUAUGCCACUCAUGGUCAGCAGCAGGAAAGCCUCUGUUCUUAAAAAAUGUGUCUUAAGUUGGGACUUCAUGGUGGUAAAAGAAUAAAAGUAACAAAGGAGAAUGGGUAAUCUGUUCUUGGUUAAUGGAGCUUGAUAGGAGAAAGACCUUUGUCCAUACGUCUUUGUUUAAAUGAGUGGGACUCGAAGAUGCUAAAAGUAUUAAUUGUUUUGUCCUAAAGUACGAAAUGUUCUUUUAUAUGAAUUAUGACAGGAUGCUAUAAACUGAUGAUUGCACUUGAAAGUUCCCCACAUUGAAAAAAUCCUAGCCAAAUCAUAUUUUAGCUAUCCUUAAAAAUGAAAAGGCCAGUGUACGUAAUUACUUAAUUUUUUAUUUAUUAAUUAUGCUGUUUGUUCUUUAUCCAUCCACUGAACUUAAUUUAUAAAAUUUUAACAUAAUAAUAAUGUGCUGGUGGUGUUUUAAAUCCUACUUCUAUUUUUAUUCUUCUAUUAUUUUCUCACUUCCUUUAAUUUUACCUACGUUUUCAAAGCCCAGUUUGUUGCAAAAUAAACCAA